AUGAAGAGAUUUGAUUUAUUUUAUGAGUUUUCUAAUCAAUAAUUAGGAUAAGGAGUUUUUGGUUAAGUUUAUUUAGCUAAAAAGAAAACUACCUAAGAAUAAGUGGCAGUCAAAGUAACAAAAUUAAAAUAUUGUAGAUUUUACCAAAAAAUAAUUAAUUAACCAUGAGUGAAAUUGAAAUCCUUAAUGAAUUAGUCAAACAUUCACAUCCUGCCAUUGUGAGAAUAAUUGAUGUAUAUGAUUAGGGCACUCAAGUAUAUGUAGUUUAAGAAUUCUGUAAUAGUGGCACUCUAUUUGAUUUUAUGAAAAAGAAACCUCAAUAUUUGGGUGAGGAACAUUGUAUUGAGAUUUUGGAACAAGUUGCUCAAGGUUUAGAUUAUUUACAUAAGAUCAAUAUUGUUCAUAGAGAUAUUAAACCAGAAAAUAUUUUGAGAACAACAUAUAAUGGCUAGAUCUAUUAUAAGAUCUCAGAUUUUGGUUUAAGUUGUAUAGGAGAUGUCAAACUUACUUCUAAAUUUGGAACUGCCUAUUAUGUUGCUCCUGAAAUCAUUGAUGGAAGAGCAGAAUUAUAUGGGUAUGAUAAAUCAGUAGAUAUUUGGGCUUUGGGAUUAAUGUUUGAUGAAUUAUUACAUGGUACUCCAUUUUUUGAUGGACUUACAGAAGAUGAAGUCUUUAUUAAAAUUAGAAAUGAACCCUAUUAUCCAAGAAAACAUGAAUAUUCAGGUAGUCGAUUACCACCAAGAAAAUAAAUUGUUGCUAAUAUUCUUAUGGGUAUGAUUAACAAAGAAUCAAAUCAAAGGAAAUCUUUAUCAUGGACACUUGAUUUAAUAAGGCAAUACAAAUAAAAUGUUACUAAUAAUUCCAUCUCUAUUUUAAAUUAAGUAUCCUUCUCUCAACCUCCUAUUUCACCAUUAUUAAUUAAUGAUUUAGAUGUUAUUCAAGAUAGGAAAUCUAUCUAUCAACAAAAAUGUCUUUAACACAAUUAACCAGCUAUUUAUAGGAUGCCUAUUAAGGAUUAAGAUAAUGAUGUGUCAAGAAUUGUUUCAGCUUGUUCUAAAUGUCUACGAAGCAUUGGAGUUUAUGAAUUAGACAACCUAUAAAAAAAAGUUGAUGAAGCCUUACGUACACUUACUAUGGAGAAUUUUGAUCAAUUCUUUACAUAAAGUUAUAUAAAAUAAGAAUUAAAAGAAAUGAGAGCAGAAUAUUUUCUAAAUUAUUCCUAUUUUUCAAUAAGGGAUGAUUAAUUACAAUCAAAAUAUGAUGCCAUUUUAAUGGAUUAAUAGAAAAAAGCUAAAAUCGAAUACACAACCAAGAUUAAGUAAUUAGUCAAUUUUAGAGAUAAGAAUUAUACAUCUGAUGAAUAAUGGCUGAUUUAUGUUGCAGAAAAAUUGACAGAUUCAACUGAAAAUGAGUUUGUACUAUAUAUAAAGGAAGAUUUGGCUUAAUUUAGUGAACAUGGAGUUGAAGAUUGUAGAUAAUUAAUCUUAAAUCAUUUAAAAGAGGCAUCAGAUUAACUAAGUUCUUUGAUUUGA